AUGCUUGUCCGGCCACAGACACUCCUGAGAGGUUCACUGCGGCCAAAUGCAUUCACCCAGAGACCACCGCCACUCCUGCGACCGCUCACCACCCGCUCUCUCCACUUCAUCUCUCCGUCCCCACAACUCGCACGACCACCGCUCUCACACGCCCGCUGGGCUCGCCCGAACCCCCUGGCCCGCUUCAAUUCUUCCACAAGAACCCUCUCUACUACCCCCGACCCCUCACAACCGCCCCCAUCCGACUCCAAACCCUCCGCACCUCUCUCUUCCCUCCUCGGGUCCAACAAGCAAGAACGGCGCGAGAACAUCUACACGAUCCCGAAUGCCCUGACGGUCGGUCGGGUCAUUGCGUGUCCUGCGAUCGGGUACUAUAUCCUCAAGGGGGACUUGGCGACCGCGACGGGGUUGCUGUUCGUUGCGGGCGUGUCGGAUCUGCUCGACGGCUGGCUCGCGCGGCGUUUCAAUAUGGGAUCCGUCCUCGGCAGCAUCCUCGAUCCCGCGGCCGACAAGCUCCUCAUGACGACGAUGGUGAUAACGCUCGCCAUGCGUGACAUGCUUCCCUUACCCCUCGCCAUCUUGAUUCUGGGAAGGGACAUCGCACUCUCCAUCUCGGCCUUCUACUUCCGCUACGCCUCUCUCCCUCCUCCCAAAACCUUUUCCCGCUACUGGGACUUCUCCAUCCCCUCCGCCUCUGUCCACCCGACCACAAUCUCCAAAUACAACACCUUCUUGCAACUCGUCCUCGUGGGGGCUUCGACUGUCGCGCCAUUGGUUCCUUGGGACGUAUCGAUGCCUUUGACGGCUCUGCAGUGGAUUGUAGCGGGUACGACAGUCUGGAGCGGCCUGUCAUACGUCGGAGCGGGCUCAAGCGCCGCAGUCAAGUACAUCAAGUGA